UUUACGUACACUUUUUCCGAAUCGGAACGCGACGGCAGCCACGCCACGCCGCCGCCUCCCCUUCUUUCUUCGCCGCUAGCCGCUCGCCGCCCCCCUUUUAAGCCCACCGCGCUCGCUCGUUUGCUCGCUUUCCCAUCGUUCGCGCACGCACGCCACCGACUCCGCACCCGUCUCCGUCCCUCUCGAAUCCCUCCGUGCGCGACGCGACGCGAUGGACGGCUCCUCCAAGGGGAUCGGCGGCGGCGCCGCCGCCGACAAGCCAACCCCCGACCAGGACCAGAACGCUAGCCCCAACGUUCCGGCGGCCGCCGCCGCCGCCGUAGACGACGGCGCCUCGGCCGCGGCGACGGCGGCGGCCGCGGCGGAGGGGAGGCGGCCGUUCACCAGCCUCAGCCAGGAAGAGGCGGACCUCGCCCUCGCCCGCGUCCUCCAAGAGCAGGAACGGGCGUACAUGAUGCUGACCGCGCACCACGACAGCAGCGAGUACGCGAGCUCGGACGCCGGGAGCUACGACUACGACGAGGACGAGGGGAGCGACUACGAGGUCGAGGAUGGGGAGGGGGACGCGCUCGACGUCGACGAGGAGGUCGCCGACGCGGAGGGGGACGCGGCGGACCUGGACCCCGCGCGGUACGAGGACGACGAGGCGUUCGCACGCGCCCUCCAGGACGCCGAGGAGCGCGACGUCGCCGGCAGGCUCAUGGCGCUCGCCGGGAUCGGUGAUUGGCGAGCAAUGGAGCAGGAUGAUGACGAGGAGGUUGAGGACGAAGAAGAUGGGGAAGAUCCACAGGAUGCAUGGGAAGACGUUGACCCAGACGAAUACUCUUAUGAGGAGCUAAUUGCAUUGGGUGAAGUUGUCGGUACAGAAAGCAAAGGCCUAUCUGCUGAUACUAUUGGUUCGUUACCUUCGGUAACUUACCAGGCACAAGACAAGCAAGAAGGCAACAUGGAACAAUGUGUUAUUUGUCGUGUGGAGUUUGAUGAAGGCGAAUCAUUGGUUGCACUUCCUUGCAAACAUCUAUACCAUUCUGAGUGCAUAAACCAGUGGCUGCAAUUAAACAAGGUAUGCCCGAUGUGCAGCGCUGAAGUUUCCACCUCUGUGAACAAGAAGCUAUAACUUCUUUACUAGGAAGGAAUAGCGGCACCUGGCAGCCUGAUAUUUUUAUCUGCCACUGGUGAAAGGAAGGCAGCGUCAACUGUUGAAUUGAUCAGGGAAGCAAAGGGACAUCGCCGGGUCUGUCCCCUUGUUUUCUUCAGUUCAAUUCAACAGGCCUAGUCGCCCCCUGUGGCCCUGUACCUUGUUGCUGACUUUCAUCACCAUGCCGCUUGUUAUUUAAGCAUUCCGUUAGACCGCUGAUGAUUCGUGCAUGAUUCAUUGCUUGUACAUGUAAAAUAACAGUCAUAUCUAUAGUCCAUAGCCAUUCUUUCUAAUCUUAGUCUCAUAUCGUCAUGUUUGAAUGAUGGCAUUUUUUAUCCCUCAAGAAUCAAGAUGCUGCUUUUGUUGA